AUGCAGCGGGCCUUGUUCAGCCGCAGCGCGCUGCUCGCCCAGCAGGCAGCAGCGGCCCUCGACAGUCCUCUGGCCGCCAGGAGCGCGCCGCUGCUGCAGCGCCUGGAGCGCUCCAUGUCCUCCGUCACCAUCCCGCCGCCAGCAUGCAUGCUGCGGCCGCUGGAAGCGCCUCUCCGUUACCUGUUUGGACCGGGACCCUCCAACGUUCCUCCACGUGUCUUAGCUGCAGGCGGCAGGCCGAUUAUUGGUCACCUGCACCCAGAAAUGUAUGAGAUUAUGAAUGACAUCAAGAAGGGGAUCCAGUACGCCUUUCAGACAGAGAACAACAUGACGAUAUCUAUGAGCGGCUCCGGGCACGCGGCUAUGGAGUGUGCGGUGUUCAACACGGUGGAGCCCGGAGAGAGCGUGCUCGUGGCCAUUAACGGCAUCUGGGGAGAGCGUGUUGCAGAAAUUGCAGAGAGAAUGGGUGCCAACGUUCACAGAAUGGUAAAAACACCUGGAGGAUAUUUCACCAAUAAGGAAAUUGAGCAGGCCAUGCAAAAACACAAGCCGGUCUUGUUCUUCCUCACACAUGGAGAGUCAUCUGCUGGUCUCUGUCACCCAAUAGACGGCAUUGGAGACAUCUGCAGAAAACAUGACUGCCUCUUCCUGGUCGACACAGUCGCUUCACUUGGAGCUGCACCAAUUUUUAUGGACAAGCAAAAUAUUGACAUCCUUUACACUGGUUCUCAGAAAGCACUGAAUGCACCUCCAGGCACAGCACCCAUCUCUUUUAAUGACAGAGCAUGCCACAAGAUGUUUAACAGGAAAACAAAACCAGUAUCCUACCUCUUCGAUAUGACACAUCUGUCCAACUACUGGGGUUGUGACGGUAAACCAGCCAGAGCAUAUCAUCACACUGGUCCAGUAUCUGGAUUCUUCGCCCUGAGAGAGAGUCUGGCAAUUCUUGCUGAGAGGGGGCUGGAGGAGUCCUGGAGGAAACACAAGGAGGUGGCAGCCUACCUGUACAGAGGGCUGGAGGAUCUGGGCAUCAAGCUCUUCAUCCCUGAAAGAGAUUUGAGGCUUCCCUCUGUCACUACCAUUGCCAUCCCCAAAGGUUAUGAUUGGAGGGAGAUGCUGGCCUACAUCAUGAAACACCACCAGAUGGAGAUGACGGGAGGACUGGGCCCUUCCAUCGGCAUGGUGAUGAGGAUCGGACUGAUGGGAUACAACUGUGAGAAGAGUAAUGCUGACAUGGCGCUGCACGCCUUGGCAGAUGCUCUCAAGAACUGCAGAAAGAGCAAGGCUUAAGAGCCCAUAUUCCCACACCACCGGCCCUGGGCUCAUUCAUUAGGGAAUAAAAAAGGAACAUUCAGUGUCACCGCAUGCAGGACAGUUGAAACAGUACAUACCUUUGAGGAUUCAUUUUGUAUCUUUGACUAGAGAGAUUUAAGAAAACUGGCCCUGUAUCUGCCUUGUAUAAGUAAAGAAUUAAAGAAGCAGAUGUAGCCAUAUAGCCCCGAAGAUGUCAAUAAAGUUUGCUUUAUUUUGUGAAA